AUGGAACUGGAUGAACUUCGUAAGGAACUAGAGGCGAAAGCGAAAGAAUCUGUCAAAUGCAAUGAAAGCAAAGAGCAAUUUGAGAAAAUAAUAGUUGAAAAACAACGAGAAAUCUGUGAGCUUCGAAGAGAGAUAGAAGACAGAGGUAGUGAUAUAUACAAGCUUGUUUUUUGUGAGAAGGAAGUUGAAUGUCUCAAGAGGGAAUUAGAAGAAAAGCAAUUGGCUUUUGAUGAACUUGUAAGCCAAAAUGAAAGAAAUGAAAAAGCUUUAAUUGAAAAAGCAAUUGAAAAACAAAAAGAAAUUGAUAAACUUCGAAAGGACGUGGAAGACCGAGAGAAAGAAAUGGACACGUAUAUUCAAAAGGAGAAGGAAAUGAAUGAUUUCAAGGAAGAAUUAAAAGACAAGAUAUUACUUUUCGAUAGAAUAUUGAGUCUAAAUGAAAGAAAUGAAAAAGUAGUAAAUGAAAAACAAAAAGAAAUUAAUGAACUUAAAAAGCAAUUGGAAGACAAAGAUAGGGAAAUGGACAGGCGUAUUCAAGACGAGAAGCUCUCCAACUGUGGUCAGAUCACUGGAAAAGAAGACAAAGCAGAUCCUCUCGAGGAGGAACUUGGGGAGAAGGAACAACACGAGAUUGAAGAGCUCCUGAAGGAGUUGAAGAAGAAGCAGCGGGAGAUUGAGGAGCUUUCGUGUCAAAACCUGAGACAAGAAGAGGAACUACAAACGAAGCAGAAGGAAGUUGAACGGAUUGAGAACCUGAGAGAACAAGAUCGGGCCCAGCACUUGGAGUACGUGGAAUCUUGCUUCGGGGCAAUAAACGAGCGCAUAGGCAAGGAGAUCAUCGAGAUGGAAGUAGAGCUCUUUUGUCUACGCGGAGAAGUUCAGCAGAAGAACAGAUUGCUGAAGGAACUUGGAGUCCCGUUGGAAAUUCUCAACGAGGAGCCGGGACAAGUGGAGGAUGAAAAAGGAAGCUCGUCUUCAACAGCUGGUUGCUGA